CCUCGCCCCAUGUUGCAACGACCACAGGAAAAGCCCCAUUCUGCGCACGGCGCACAUGCGGCACGACAUGCUUAUCGACGCAAUGACAGGUUGCGCCUUGGGCUCAGUUUGAGCUCUACCCAUUGGAAUGCCAACAUGCGGUCGCACUCCCUACCUGACGCAAACGACCUUGAAGUCGUUCGACGUCUCGGCAAGCAACGCAGCACAACCUCCCCGCCAGCGCUCGUAGGGGAGCUUGCCCUAGCUUCCUUUGUCCACUUUGCAAACGUCAUGGAGGUCCAGUCCACAAAUUUUCCCAUGGUCGGCCACGUUUCACAGCCAGCUAGGUGACAAAAAAAACAAGGAGACAUGCCAAGCCAGGGCGCCAGGACUCUUCAGUCACGCGCUGACGCACGCCACGAACAAUCGCUCGGCAACCACACAUCGCUCUGGUUUUGCCGGUUGACCACCAACGACGAUGCGAUCGAGAACGCUGAUCUCAUGUUUCACCAGUGCAAGCACUCGUCGCGCACUGCUGCGCUGGAAGCCAUGGACAAGUUAUCGAUGGUGCUGCGUCCCGAGGCGCGACGACAAUCAAAGCCGACGUAGUGUGCUUGAAGUGGGCUUGUCCAUCGACCGGAACGCUCGCGUCGACAUGCGCGCUCGGUUGUUGUCGAAGCCGUUCAAGCAUGGUGCGCAUCACCCACUGCGACAACUCGAGCGACAACGACCGGCCUUUCAACUUCAUGCAGAACCAAGUAGGAGUUUAUGCCGUGAGAUCGCAACACGCCUUCAUUGGAAUCGUGGCCGGAAGGCCGGUGGCGACGGCUCCGCGCGCAGACGCCCGUGUGCCACGAAGCCGCCGACACACCAGCGGCGGCCGUCUUCGAUACAGCAGUCGGUACAUUUUGGGACCACCAACCGCCGGCGACAUGCCAAGGAUGGGAAGCGGGCGUUCAACCUCGGGUUUCUUGAGAGCGAGAUGCAGCCUUUUUCGUGGCGAUCGCUGCUUGACCAAGUCUUCUCCAUUCUCGUGAUGAUCGUGGGCAUGAACGACUCUGUUGUACCCAUUGAAUUGCAUGACGCAAACGUCAGCGAGGCGGGCCACGCACUGGCACUACUCGGGGCUGCUUGGAUGUUCUGCCCGCGCAACUGUAUCCUCUAGCGCGCUUGUACCAUGCUGAAUUGUCGUGCUGCGCCGUCGAGACAUCGCACGACCCCACACGACCUGUUGCGCCAAGCGCUCCAAGACAACACCGCGUUUCACGGUCCGAGCCAUCAUUCGCGCGCUCGCCUUCGUCAAAGCUCACGAGAAUCCUGUGUAGGGCUGCAUGGAACGUGUUGUCCUAUGGAGGGGAAGGCGACGUACGUCGUUUCCUUGGAUCGACUUGGAACGAGCCGCUUCAAAUUUGACUCGACACCAUGAGCGAGGCGUGCUGUAUUUGCUGCAGAACGUGCAUGCCUACGUGACUCUCAAACAAGUCGACAGCUCAUAUCUCUCGACAUUACAACAUGGUCAUGCUCUCGUCAAGCUCCCCGUCGUUGGUAGUGGCGAGUGUGCGCAUUUCCCAACAGCAGCAGCAACGGGGUCAGUGGAAGGAAGGCGACGUCGGAAUCGAGGACACGGGAGGGAUGGGAAGCGCGCGCGACCACGUCGUUCAACUGCACGAACGAUGGUCGAUGGAAAACCACGGCAUGGCGCUCCACUACCAUGGCCGCGUCCACAUUCUCGCGUGGGACGAGAAUUCUAUCGUCCAGUGCACACUCGAGCUGUCGGCGCACUCCACUGAGACGGCUGCGGAUAUCUCCAUACACGUUGAAGCUCUUGGCAUCGCAUCCCCUUGGCAUACAAUCGAGUUGGCCGUUUGUGGCUGGAACCGUUCUGUUACGUUGACGGCUUCGUCGCCACCGCAAC